AUGGUGGUGACGUCCCCAAACCAGGACUGGAUUCCCACCCAUCCCGUAGAGCGCAAGGUGGUGCGAACGUACCAGGACGGUCUGUGGGGCGAACACGAGUACUCCCGCUGGCCCCAGCCGAUUAUUCGCGGCAUGUGGCACGUCGCCUGCAUCCCUUCACUUCGUCAUCCUCACCCUCUCAUGCCCCCUAUCCUCUGGUCGCUUCUGAUGCCGUCGCGAGACUGGGUGGAAGACGGAACAGUCGGAGUCCCCGGCCUAGGUUUCCUCAAAGCCGACGUUCGCAAUGACCUCACCAAUGGCGCACGCUACGCCACCGACGCCUUUCAACAGGUCUCUGGCCUUACCCCGGAACGCCGAGCGUAUGGCGACCAACUCUGCCUCGUGGUCAGCCAGUGCCUCGACCGCAUGAAUCGUCUGCCUUCCUACGCACCCGUGGCCGUUGCCGUGGGCGCGCACCUUCAACGCGUCGGCUUGGAACUGCUUGGUCUGCGCACCUACCUCACGGUGUUGCUCCCCCGUCUGGACAGCGCGGAGGACUACAGCGAAGACUUGCUUCCGGUUCUUGGCGUCUUUGCGCGCGACGCGGCCACUGCUCAGCUGGCGACUCGUGUCGGGCUGCCCGUUUGGUUUCUUCAGCCACUCUCCCCCCAGGUCAAGGUGUGGAACGUGGUCGACCGCACUUUCCCUUACUUCCUGUCUGGUAAGGAAACCGAUCCACCCAUGCGCCACCAUCCCGACGAACUCGGAGCGAUCGCCAAUCUCACGAGCAGCUGGGUCUCGAACCUCGUCUUCGCCGUCACCGGUCAAUUGUGCACUAGCCGCCUGCCACGUUUCGAUAUCACCGCCGCGGACACGCACACUCGGGAGGACGACGGUCCCAUGAAGACCCGACGCCUGGAGCUGCCUGCCACCGAAAUGCAGGCACCUCCGACGCGCCCCGGCGACGGCCCGAAGAAGAAGACCAGGAGGGGCGGGAAGAAGUCCAAAUCUGUCGUAACGAGUGCCGCGUCGUCGUCCGCCGUCACGCUCGAUCACUCUCCCGAGGCUCGCCAUCCAGCAAGAUCCUUCACCCCGUCUUCGUUCGUCCUCAUCCCUGAGCCUUGGGAGGCGGCGCUCCGAUCAGUCAGCCCCCUGGGGCAGCCGCGACACUCCGUGCAUUACUUCUACCCCCCGCCUUUCUUGCUCGACACGGUGUCGGAUAUGACGCCAUCGCUCAUCCCACCCGCCGGCGCCGACCAGCUGCGACGCGAUACCAAGGUGCAUCAAUACCUCCACAAUGCCGUGCGCAUCCGCGAGUUCUGCCGACUUCGCCUGCUCGAUCCCCUCGUUUCUGGAGAGCCUCUGACGAUCGCGGAAUGGCGCGCUGCGUUGUGGGGUGACUAUGAGGUGAAACAUGCUCCCCCCGAAAGCACCGACCGCCGCCUCAAGCGCAAGAUCGAGAAUAAGAACGGGGUCGCGCGUCUUUUCGGCAACGGCGCAGCCCUCGACUCGUACAACUCCUCCGCGGUGGAGCACCUGAACGGCAUCGCUGUGACUGCGGAAGUCGCGGCCACUGAUCCCCGAGUCCGAGCUUUGCUGCUUUGGGAGUCCCACGAAGUCAACUUCCGGUGCGAGCUCAGCGCUCUCGACGCGUCGCUCGUGCCUCGGGCCGCGAUGUCGGUCAUGGAGCGGUGGGGAAGGGAGGCGUACGUCUCUGGAGUGUGGGGACCCGAGGCUUCUCUCGCGAGCGUCCCCUUCAUGUGGCCUCGAUCUCACGACGGCGAGUGGGAGAACUCGGUCCUUCAUCUGCGUCGCUUCAUCUCGGUGAUGUCUCAGUGGCCUGAUUCUCCCGGCGUUCUCCGUCAGAUGCGUACUGCAGCGUCUUGGACCUCGGAAGACUACGAUCACCUGCAACGGGAGGCUGCGCUUUUCUACGUUACGAAGUUUACGUCGUGUUACGGGAGACUCCCCAUCCCUCCCAUCCCCUGUCAGACGGACUGA